UGCAGUGCGGCUGGGUCCGGGCGCCAUGAUUCUUGUGCAGAUGUUUUCAGAGCUCUGAGGAGAUUUGACGCUAAGCUAACGGCCUGAAGCUCUGCACUUAAACCAGUUUCAAUGCACUCAUCGACGUUAUAGAGAUACCAGAGUCUCCAAGAUAACAUACAGUCUUGGGUUAUGGCGACCAAUGCCGGGGAUGAUGAGUUUGAUGAGUAUGAUAAGCCUGGAGCUGAAAGGUCAAGAAGACGGAGAGGAGAAGAUGAUGACUUGGAAAGUGAUUUGGAGGAGGGAGACUUACUUGAAGAAGAUUGGCUGUCAGCAAAAAAGAACCCCUCAGAGAUGUCAGAUGAGGAGCUAAAUGAUGACCUCUUACAAAGUGAUGAAGAGGACCAAAAUGCAAGCGGUCAGGGAGACGGUGUGAGUUUAAAUGCCACACUGGGUCUGGGCACAUCUGGUCACCUUCAAGAUGAAGACCCUGACGGAGAUGGAUAUACAGAAUACACCUAUGACGAGACAGAGGGAGGUCAGCCAGGUUUCUCUCAGGGUGGACAGUUUGAGGGAGAUGAGUACCAAGGAGAAGAUGAAGGGGUGGAAUACACAGGAGACCAGACCUGUGAAGAAUAUCAAGAUGAAGUGCUGGAACUACAGAUCGACGAGCCGCUGGAUGAUGAUUUUCAAGUGGAUGAAUACCCAACUGAGUACAGUGAAGAGCAGACUGACCGACAGGAAGUGCCCGAGGAAGAGGAGCAUGAGGAGGAAACUGAGGAGCAGGACAACUCUCAGGUCACAGAAUUAGAGGAGAUGGAGAAUGAAAACGAUCCUGAGGCUGAGGCCGAACCAGACGCCGAUGUGAAGGAGGAAUCUGAUGAGGAAGAGGAAGACAUUGAAGAAUCCGGCCGCCUGCGAUUUAAGACUGAGCGCAAAGAUGACACGGUGGUCAGACUGUCUGAUGCCACCAGCAAAAGGAGGAACAUCCCAGACACACUAGAGCUCUCUGAUGCAGCUAAAGCAGAUCUGCGUGAGUUUGAGGAAAGGGAACGCCAGAGGAAGCAGGGCCGUUUUGGAGGACGAGGGAGAGGAGCAGAUGGAGGGAGGGGAGGGAUGGCAGGUAGAGGUGGGGUCAGGGGAAGGGGAGGAGCCGGAGGACGAGGUGGAAGAGGCGAUUUCCCCCUCUUUGGAAUGGGAGGUUUCCGUGGCGAUGGAGUUGGAAGUCGAGGAAGAAUAAAUGAGCAAAGGCCUCCAUUGAUGCAAGUGAAUUUAGGAAUGCAGCAGCAGCUCAGAAUGACUCCUCCUCUUCAGCAUCACCACCAUCAGUCUCGUCUGCCUGGUCCGAGAGGCAGUGGAGGUCCUGGGCUGUUCCCAGAUCCGGGCACCCCAAUUCCUCAGCAACCUUUGCAACUAAUGAUGUCUCGCAUGACCCACCAUUCCCCAGGGCCCAGGACACAACACGACCCACACGUACCACGCUUGUUGAACUCGCCACCGCGGCACUCGCACACACAUCCCAACCAACACCAACACCAGCAGCAUCAGCAGCAUCAACAGCAUCACCCUAAGAACAUUCACAUCAACCCUCACUUCAGAGGACCCUCCUCCUCGCCUGUGCAAGUUCCCUCGAUGCCUCCUGUGCAGAACCAACCGAGGCCUAACAUCGCUCCACAGAGACUCCCGGCUCCUCCUGAUUUCCAGCAGCAUAUUCAAGGGAAUUUUGGCCCUCCUCAGCGGCCUCUGCCCCCCCAGGAUCAAUGGAGAGGACCACCACCACAUCAUCAGGAUCCAGAGCACUUCUUCCCCGGUGAACCACGUUUUUCAGGCCAGCACAUGUUUGACCAGCCAGGCCCUGCCCCCCUCAUGAAUAACAGUGUUCUUCCGAUAUCGGGCCAAGGCCCUCCAUCUUUCCCCCCACAAGGGGGGCUUGGAAGUCCUGGAUUUGGUUCUCUGGGGCUCAGGCAGAACCAAGGGCCUCAGGGAGGAGGUAUUUUCCAGAGAGAGCCCCCUCGGCCGGGUCUGACCCCGCAGCAUGGAGGCCCUCCAGGCCCCCCUGGUCCCCGUGGCUUUGUGGGUCACAGGCAGCCCUUCUCACCCCAACAGCAGGGACCCCCCUUUAGCCCCCAGCACAUGCCAUUUGGUAUGCAGGUACGCCAGAGAGGUCUAAUGCAGCAGCCCCUGCACCAUGAUCUGCCACUGUCCCAUCAACCCUUGCACCAGCAACAGCAGCACCAGCAACACAGACAGGACUUGCCCCCCCAGGGUCUGCCUCACUCCCAGCCUCCACCCCAACACCAACAGCACCACCAACACCACCCAAGGGACCAACAUCCCAUGGUGCACCUCUCCCAGCCCCACUUCCGCCAGUCAAUUCAAAGUGGCCACAGACAGAUGCAGUCCCGACCACAAGGCAACCAGCAGCGAAACAAUCAUGCCAGACCCAAAAUGACGCCACCUCCUCCACUGCAGCAGAUUCCUCCUCAACGCAACAGCAACCUUCGUGAGCUGCCCAUUGCCACAAGCAACAAUAAUAACCGCCCAUCAGUGCCUAGUGGGCAAGCAAAGCCUGUUACCAGGGCAACACAGAAUGUUAGGCAAGGGCAGGCUGCUCGUGCUGGACCAGCAGGAAGGGGAGGAUCUGUGGCACAAGGGCAGGGAGCUGCCAAAGCUCUAGAGCAGCCUAGUGUGCCUGAGAUGAAGAAAGAGUGUCCAGCUGCACAGUCAAGCACCACUCCAGAGGACCCAGAUGAAGAUGAGGAGACACGUCAGUACAGACUGAAGAUCGAGGAACAGAAGCGUCUGCGAGAGGAGAUCCUCAGGCGCAAGGAGCAGCGCAGGCAGAUGCAGGCUGGGAUGCGUAAAAAAGAACUGAUGGAUCGAAUCAGCGGCCAGAACCCAAACCAGGCUCCACAAACUCAGAUCCCCACACCUAACCCAACCCCAGCAGCCCAACCCCCGCAGCCAGUCCCUUCGCUAUCUAACGGAACCCCCCAGAACCCUUCUACAGCUCUUAGUUCCCCUCGUCCAAAUGUGAAGGCCCGUCUGCAGAACACUAAACCUCUGGUGCAGGCUUCAGCCUGGUCUGGGCCACAGAAACAACAGAGCGUUGGUCCUGAUGCCAGCCAGCAGAGCCAGUGGCAGCUGCAGCAGAAGAGGACCAUGACCCCACAAACAACUCAAAGACAAGGUGCUGCUCUGACCAGCCCAUUAGAAGGGCCUUUAGGUCAGCCUCAACCUGGAGGAAAGAGAACAGUGAUGCAAAGAGCGAGCAGCAUCGAAUCUCCUCAGGUUCCUCAGAAAGUGCGAGUGGUUAAGCUUCUGGGAGAGCAGGCAGAUGCCGGUCCCAACACUGGUCCCCCGCAGCAGCAGCAGCAGCAGCAACCAAUUGGUCGGCCUGCCCCCCAACAGAGACUCGGUCCCAUCAGGAAAGUUACCAUGGCAACUGGUGGUGUACAAAAUCAACAACAGGCUGGCCGUGGCAUGGCAAACCAAACGAACCGGGUGGUAGUUCGGGGUCGGGCGCGAGGUCGUGGAGGAGGCCGUGUGAUGAUGCAGCAGAACCCAAGAGCUCAGGACUGUCCGAGAAGCACGGUCUGCAUUGAAGGUUUAUCCACCACCACAACCAACAAACAGCUCAUGAACCUUCUCAACUCCAUCGGCCCUGUCGAGAUGUUUACAAUGUUACCGGAGCAGCGGAAGGCCAUUGCCAAGUUUGUGAACCCUCAGCAUGCAGCAAGUUUUCAGCACAGCUUUCACAGGCACAUGAUAGAUUUGUCUCACAUCGAUGUUUCCAUUAUUGAUGGCUGAGGAGCAAGCCAGUACAACAGACAAGACGACGAGAAGUGAGCAAGAAGAGAACGUCUUUUUCUGAAAGACGGACGCACAAUCGGGAGGCUAAAGCUUUGGGAGCUGUGUGGAGAGAGGGCUGUCGACAAACUCAAGCCACGUGCAUGAAAGAAUCAAAAACAAAGAGCCGCUCAUCAGCUGUGUCCUGCUGGAAACGGCACAGCACUGAACUCACAUUGUCAAUGACUUUGGCAUGAAGUCUCGCUCUUGUUUCUGUACUUUCAUUUAUAUAUGGAGGGAUCAGUAAUGGUCCCAACCAGCAGGUGAAAAGAGAAACAAAGGUAUGAAACCAGGACAUUUUUACGCCAGAUGAUAAUAGUUGCUCCCGUCCUCUAGCUCUCAAGAUGAUCUUUUGAAUAUUUGUUUUUGGUCAAACGAGACUUCUUGAUUUCUUGUGGAACGUCCACAGUCAGUGACUUGAACACAGUGUUAAACGGGCUUGAUCGGAUAAUGUUGCGUAUGCUGCAGUUGGUUUUGUCACCUGUAGAGGGCAGCAGAUGUCUUCGGUGCGUCGGGGCAUAGCUAAGGACGUGGACAUCAGAGCGAUAAGCGCUGCUUGCCGUUAAGAAACUUUAGGGGCAUAUUUGGGUUGAGCUUUUUUCUAGUUGCGUAUCUCUCGGAAGCCACUGUGAUAAUACAGGCGUCUCUUUUUUUUUUCUUGUGUGUGCGUUUUUCUGCAGCUGUUCAUGAUCUUAAGUUUAUUCGUGGUCCCUAUCUCCAUUAUGAUUGUAUUGCGCUUGUGUUUUGUUCUGCUGAGCUGGAUUGGUGGGUCACUAAAGACAGCUGAAAAACACUAGACAAUAAAUGGCUUUUAUAUUUUGAUUUUAGGUUUUGGUGCUGGAAUUGCAUAUUUAGAUUAUUUUAAUUGUUGUUAGAAAUGGCUUCUAAGUAUUAAAGGCAACCAGAAAGCCCCCUCGUUCGCUAAUGCUCCUUUUUAAUUGUUUAGUUUUCUUUCCUCGGAGUACAGCACAUGUCGUGUGUGGAAGAGGACGACUGAAUCAUGGCUUGAGUGAUGAUUCGAUGCGAUUUUAUUGUAGGUUUUGAUGGAGCUCCGUUUACAAGAUGCGGGAUGUCUAGAGCGCUAGAUGGGUUUGAAGCGUCUUGUUUGCAACGGCUUGGUUAUUUGUUUGUGAAGAGAGAUAUUUUGGAUUGUUUGUAAUUGUAUGCUUAUUACUUUGGCUCAGUUAAUUUUGAAGUGCAUCAGAUUGGUAUACAGGUUCCUAAAUCUGAAUCGCGAGUCGUUAGGUAUAAGGAUCUGCUUCUAAAUAUCCGUUAUCUCCAUUUUCAACUUUUUCCCAUUACAUUUUUUUCCAUUUAUGUAGUAAGCUGUUUCCCAGGCUUAAGGUUCUUGAAAGGCCCCUCCCCCUAGUUUUCAGUCUAUUGAAGUCAUUAACACUUCCCCAAAAGCAUUUCAAGGUUUCAAUCAUGAGUAUUUCGCUCCUCAAAUUGUUAUUAUAUCAUCAUUAUUACUUAUAUUAGUAAUAUGUUGUGGUACUGUACAAGCGUAGCGCUCGGUCAUGUCUAAUUGUACCGCUUAUCCUAAACCUUCAACUUACGGCCCCAGAACUGAUAUUAGGUCAAAUGCAUUAGUUUUCAUAUUUGUGACUUCAUUUAAUCCAACCACUUUACAUUAUACACUACAAGCCUUGUUAUAGUAUCUAAAACACGUUGGUUUUAGAUAAUAUAACAGCAUAACUAAGUCCAAUUAUGUUUUGAGCCUCAUCCAGGUCUGCGAAUUUCAAAGGAUUUGGGAGCAACUGUUAUCAGUGGUCACUUUCUUGUGUAUAUAAUGAAAAAAAAGCCCAAAAAAACUAAAUGUGUAUGAAGAUGUCAAGUCUGUUGUUUUCUCAUCUCGAAAUCUUUCCAUGUUUGAAAUGGUUUAAAGAUACCUACUAGUACGUGAUUGGUGAAUUUCUUUUCUCAAUUUGUUUUUAUAUAUCAAUAUAAAAAAAAAGUAUUCCUUGGUCAUUUUACAACAGUUUUGUUAUUGGAGAACUUAAAGCUUAUUAUUUGAGGAUAUUUUAAAGAUGAAAAAUAAAAGAUGGUCACAUAUAUACCAUGUAAAUACGGUUAUGUGAAGCCAGCUGUCUUGAUCACCAUUAACUGUUGUCUGAUGUUGUUUUAUGUUUGAAGAUUCCCUCUUGCGUAUGAUUCUCAACACAACAUACCCUUUUCCCCGAUUUCCUCCGUGCUCCUAAAUGUUUCUCUGUUGCCACCCGCACAAACUGAUCUAAGGGGAAAAGGUUUUGUUUCCAAUCAAGGUGCCCCACAGUUUCUCUCAAGUCAGGUCCCUUGAAACAUCUCUGUGUGCUCACUGUUUCCCGAGACUUUGGGCCAUUAUGUCUUUUGAAGUUAAUUUGUAAAGCACCCCCUUGUUUUGAGAUGCACUUGUCAUAUGCCAUCUUCUAUAAUAAUAUAGUAGUUGGAUGUGGUUGAUCCCUAUCUGUCCAUAUGUCUGUAUUAAUUUGCAUGAGUUCCUAGGAAUCACAGAAAUGCAUAUAAUGGGUAAGAUUAUGAUUUAUGUUAUAAAGUACCUAUGGAUCCACUUAAAAAUAUAAGCUUAUUUUAUUUUGUUUUUGUUAACUUUGAGUUUUCUAGACACGGUUUGUUUUAAAACUGGUGUAGGGUGAAGAUUUGGAUGCUUUUUGUUUUUUUUGUUUUUUUAAGUUGCAGAUGCACACCUUUAUUUAUUUAUUGGUUUGAAUGUAUUUAUGUAAAAUGAGUUAAUCCUAUGGAUUUAUAAUGUUUUAUCUAGUCUGAGUGAGUUUUUAAAAAAUUCCUAGUUAUAAAUCUUAUAAGACGCAUAAUAUUUAUAAACGGUCUUAUAAGUGAGAAAAUGAUUCACAUUGAAACUUUUAGUAACUUCUUUGUAAGUAUAGAAUAACUUUAGGGAAAGUGUCCCUUUCUGAACUGUAAUCACACACGUGACAAAGUUUUGUCUGUUUUUUGGCAGAUAUUUUUCACAAGCUGGAAGAGGUAUAAUGUGAUAGAAUCAAGAGUAGGCUAAAGCUUUACUUUUUUUGGAUCUUGUUUUGUUUCUUUUUUCUCUUUUGUCAAUCGCAAGUGGCUGGUACACUUACAUUGUUUUAUUUUUAUUUCAUUUUUUAUUUUUUCUCCGAGGAUCCUGCUGCAGCAGAGCGAUUGGCCAGUUUAUACAAGUACCAGAAUUGUCUAUUGCUUGAGAUUUAGGCUGCGUUUAUUUCUUACAACGGUAGAUGUGGCAUCCCCCCUCAUAAUUACGGGGGAAAAUGUUGAGACUUUUCAAUCGUGGUGCUUGUUUUGUAUAAUCACUUUGCCUGUUUUCACUCACUGUUUUAAGCGUCAAACACAAUGCGCUGCUUCCCGUUGGCAGCGGUUCUGAUUAUUUGUAACUUGUAAUUAAACCAUUUUUUCUCUCUUUCAGGACAGAGCUUCCAGGAGCGCUGAAAGGAGGGUUUUUCAUAAGACGAAUGCUCUUCACCUUUUCAUUCUAAGAUGGCGUUGGUUUUCAAACGCGCUGUUGAGAGAUGUUUUGGUGUUGUAGUAGCAGAUUGCUUGAAGUCAUACUGAGUGAAGCUGUUUUAUAUGUUAGCGUUGGAGUCAUUCUGUGGUGCGUGUGAGAGAGUAAGCGUAGCGUAUGUAUGUUAAAACAGCUAUGGCCUUAUGAGAUUAGUAUUACAUGCUCGCAUUAGCAGACAACAGUUGCUGGUAUUGUUAAUAACUAGCUAUAAGAUACAUGAAUAGGUUUUUUCAGAUUGAUUCGCUCUGUUGCAGAAUUCAUUUUAACGUGGUUCAACUAUCAGGUUCACGGCUUCUAAGCUUAGUUUCUUUGCCUUGUAUUGUAGGUGCGUGCCUGUGUUUCAGCUCAGUGUAAUGAUUGACAGCUCUUCUCGGAGACACGUCCUGCUCCUCUUUAGCGUUUUAUCGAGCAGUACGACGCAAUGAAAGUGUUUUGGGUUGCUCGGGUGAUAGAAACGCUGCUUUUGAAAACCACCGCACAUUGGCAAAUUGGACUAAAAGCGAACCCGAUGUGAAAAACCCUCCUUUUGAUAAUGUCGUGUCUGCCUCCAGAUGAUGCUAACUUGUCUUAAUUUCUCAACAGGUGCUCUUCAGUUUAAGCGCUGCCAGACAUCCCUCCUUUCGUCUGUUUUUCUCUCUCUCUCUCUUUUCAUCGACGUUCAUUCUCCUUCUCUUUCUUUACUCCGUUGGAGGCCGGACGGGAAAGCGGUUGUUGAUCUGAAUGUGGUGUUUGUGCGAACAUAAUCCUUCUGUAUUAAAGCAGGGGGACCUUGCUCCUGGAUUUCCUUUCUGUAUUAGCCCACGUCCGUGGAAGUUUUGCGUCUCUGGGACCACACCCUGCUGAGUUCCAAAGUUCAAAAACUUGCACAAAGCCCAAGAACGAUGUGUACGCUCUUGCCAGCUAUACACACACACACACACACACACACACACGCUGUGUUGUUGGACGAAAAGAAAACAUUACUUAGAAAUCAUUAUUGUUCGGGGGAAGUGAUUUAUGCUGUUUUGAUCACCGUUUUGUUGUCCCUCCAUCUUGUUUUAAUGAAACUGUUUUUGAUGUGUAUGAAGUGUACACCGGACUGCCCUACGUGUUGAAUUGGGAAGAAUAUAAAUGGUGUUUGUUUAGUAAGCUUUCACAGAGCUUGUCAAACGAAAACCGAUAAUAUGCCUUGACUGUGCCUGUUAUGAAUAAUUACUUGAAAUAAAUCCUUUUCCUGGAUUUGA